AUGGCAGAAAACACCGAGGGCCCCCGAGCCGGCCAAAAAGUAGCCCUUGUCACCGGAGCCGGAGUCGGCGGCAUCGGAGGCGCACUCGCCCUCGAGCUGCAUUCGGCCGGCUACUUUGUCAUUUGCGCCGUGCGGCGGCCCUCGAGCGCCAGCGAGCUCCUGCGGCCGGGCAUCAUAGCCAUUGAGCUCGACGUCUCGUCCACCGAGUCCGUAUCAGCCGCCGCCAAGAAGGUCUCCUCCGUGACAAACGACAAGCUCCACGUCCUCGUCAACAAUGCCGGCUCCGCGACGCACCGGCCGGCCCUGGACCUCGAUGUCGACGGCGUCGUGGCCUCCAUGUUUGACGUCAACGUCCUGGGCGUCAUGCGAAUGGUCAAGGCCUUCUCGGACCUCUUGAUCAACGCAAAGGGCUGCGUUGUUAACAUUGGCAGCAUUGCGCCCAUUGUGCCGCUGGUGUAUUCCUCCGCCUACAAUGCGACCAAGGCGGCGCUUCAUGCCUAUGGCGACGCGCUUCGCAUGGAGCUCAAGCCUCUCGGAGUUGACGUUGUGACCGUUGUGACGGGCGGCGUGAAGAGCAACCUAGUUCGCGAGGACAGCCUGUCUCUCCCCGAGGGCUCGCGGUACCUUCCCGUGCAGAAUUUCUGGCUGCACCGAGUGACCAUGUCUCAAAAGGGAGCAAUGGACACCGACGAGUACGCUCGCAAAAUCAUAGGCAUGAUCCAGAAGAAGAACAGGCCCAUUUGGUUCUGGAGCGGAGGUUCCGUCUCCAUUGCCUGGUUCAUGUACUACUUUGUUCCACGGCGGUUGAGGCUUUUCGUCAUGGCGAGACGAUUUGGGCUGAUUGGGAAGAAGCUUCUUGGCCAAUAG